GCAGCACCCAACGUGGCGCGGGAGCAGCGGGCGAUGCAGUCGUCCACCUCCAGCGGGGCUGGCGCGGCGGCCAACGCAGUGGACGGCAACCGGGACAGCAACUGGCGGCACGGCUCCUGCAGCCACACGCGGCGCGAGCACGAGCCCUGGUGGGCCGUGGACCUGGGCGGGCGGCACGCGGUGGCGGCGGUGCUGGUGAAGAACCGGCAGGACUGCUGCUGGCAGCGCCUGCGCGGCGCCCAGGUCCACGUUGGGGACGCACCAGCCGAGCACGGCCGGGACAACCCCAUCUGCGGCAUCAUCGCCGACGCCAGCCCCGGCUCGCUCAGCACCGUGUGCUGCCGGGGGCUGCGGGGCCGCUAUGUCUCUGUCCUCAUCCCCGGGCGCGAGGAGCAGCUGGCACUCUGUGAGGUCGAGGUCUACGGCACCUUCCUGGAGCCCUGA